AUGUCUAGGAGUUUGAAGAGUUUUGCAGGGACUUUUGCCUUUCAUCCUCGAUGUAAAACCAUUAAGCUCACUCAUUUGUGCUUUGCGGAUGACCUUAUGAUAUUCUGCAAAGGAGAUCUAUCCUCGGUGCGUAUUAUUUGUGAUUGUAUUCAAGGUUUCUCCAAUACCUCUGGGCUCCAUGCGAAUUCGGGCAAAUUGGCAAUCUAUUUGGCUGGGGUUGACAGCUUCAUCAAGGAGGAUCUUAGAAGCACUUCUCAGUUUACAUUGGGGACUCUUCCAUUCAAAUACUUGGGGGUCCCUUUAUCUUCUAAGCGCUUUAGUAUUGCGGACUGUGAAAAAUUGGCAGAUAUGAUGAUUAAGCGUAUUAGUUCUUGGCAAGCUAAACACCUCUCGUAUGCAGCUCGCUUACAACUAAUCAACUCAGUCUUGAUGGGUAUUUCUUCUUACUGGUGUCAAAUCUCCAUUCUUCCUAAGAGGGUAAUCAAUAUUGGUAAUUUCAUUUGUCGUUCAUUCCUUUGGUUUGGGGUCUCUUAUUCUCAUAAACCGGGAAAUAUUAGUUGGAAGGAGGUAUGCACUCCUAAGAAGGAAUCCUUAUGGGUUAGGUGGGUCCAUGGUGUAUAUACUAAAGGAGGACGAUGGGAAAUCUUCAAUGCUCCUGCCACAGCUAGUUGGAUUAUUAAGAAACUGUGUGCAGGAGGUUCAUGGCAUACCCUGACGACUCAGCAUAAGAUUCAUUGGAGACACCUCGUUUGGAACAUGAUCUCGAUACCUAAAACUAGGUUUCUUUGUUGGUUAGUAGCUGGACAUAGGCUAAAAACCAAGGAGAAACUUUAUCAGUUGGGAGUGGUGGUUGAUGAUGUUUGUCCUUUAUGUGGUUUAUAUCCUGAGACGCAUAACCAUCUCUUCUUUAACUGCCCUUUCAGCCGUUCAUGUGUGGAGGCGGUUAAAUUAUGUAUUGGCAUCACUCUUAAGCCAAUCGCCCGUAUGGAUUUUCAGAAGCGAAGUAUUCCCAAAACCAAGCAGCACGUGUUUUCCUCGCCUUGA